AGCAGCAGCAGCAGCAGAAAAGAUGAAGAACAGAGCUUCUGUGUUCUUGAAGCAGAUAAUCUCUGUAUUGAGCUCAGUGGUUAAGGCCAAAUCGUUGGCUUUGAAGAACAAGACGAGCGCCAUCAAGACUCGCCUCAUCAUCUUGUCGAUGUUGAAGAAUAAGAAAGUGUUGUUGUCAUCCAUCGCUCACAAGCUUCACGCUUUGGUCCCCGGCCAACAGGAUGACUCCUACAAGAUCAAGAUCAGCAGGGAAGACGCCGACGAUCAAAGCAGCUGUAGCAAUAAUAAUAAUGCCAUUGUGCUCUUCAAUUCUAUGGCCAACCAGUUGCAUUCCAACCCGAUUUUCACCGAGUUGAUCAUGACCAAGGUGGAGGAGGAGAACGAGGAGAACCAAGAGGAGGAUGAGUACCCAGAUUUGACACACUCGUUGUUCGACUCGGAGGAACCGGAUGAGUUGGAUCUGGCUGACCCGGGGUCAUCGGUCAUCGAUCUGGUGAGGAACUCCAAGGAAUUAGAAGGAGAGAAUUUCAAGCUGGAAGACGAGAUUGAUCAUGUUGCCGACUUGUUUAUUAGGAAAUUCCACAGACAGAUUAAAAUGCAGAAGCUGGAUUCCUUCAAGAGGUAUCAAGAGAUGCUCGAGAGAAGCGUUUGACAAAUAAUAUAUAUAUAUAUAUAUAUCGCGCUCUCUCUCUCUCUCUCUCCCUCUCUACUGUUAUGCCCAUG